AUGUACCGCAUUAGCAGGACGUUUUUCAAAUUUCCUGUGCGUAUCACGCACCAGCGGCAGGCAUGGACUACUCUCCACAACCAUCAAUCCAAGACUUCAAAUUCCAUCCCAAAGUCAAAUCGGAUUAACUAUGGUACCCAAGCAGCUGCAGAACCAUUCCUUAAUGGGAGCUCGUCUUCCUACUUGGAAGAAAUGUAUUCUGCUUGGCAGAAAGAUCCGAACAGUGUACAUAAGUCUUGGGAUGUGUAUUUUCGAAAUACAGCAAGGGGAGUUAGUUCUGCCUACAUACGUCCACCUACAUUAGGUGGAGCUCCAGUACCCACCAGUACAGAGAUGGUGCCUGCUGCAGCUAUGCCCAGUGAGAAGAUUAUUGAACAUCAUCUCUCCGUGCAGUCGAUUAUCCGGUCUUAUCAGAUUCGUGGCCAUAAUGUAGCUAAAUUGGAUCCUUUAGGAAUUGCUUCUGCAGAUUUAGAUUCUGAGACUCCACCAGAGCUAAUUCUGACAAACUAUGGAUUGGAUGAGCCUGAUCUUGAUAAAGUCUUUAGACUUCCACACACUACUUAUAUUGGCGGAGAUCAAACUGAGCUUCCAUUACGUGAAAUCAUCAAGAGAUUAGAGGAAAUUUACUGCCGACAGAUAGGUAUUGAGUUUAUGUUUAUCAACAAUCUUGAGCAGACCGAUUGGAUUCGUCGCAAAUUCGAGGUACCUAACAUCAUGCAGUUUGAUGCCGAAGAGAAGAGGCUUAUCCUAGCAAGACUUAUUCGAUCAACUCGAUUUGAAGAUUUUCUUGCACGAAAAUGGUCAUCUGAGAAACGUUUCGGUAUUGAAGGCUGUGAAGUUCUGAUUCCAGCAAUGAAGGCUGUCAUUGAUUCAUGCAGUUCACUUGGUGUGGAUAGUUUUGUUAUUGGCAUGCCUCACAGGGGUCGUUUGAAUGUACUUGCAAAUGUUUGCAGGAAGCCUCUGGAACAGAUUAUUUGCCAGUUUGAUUCUAAGCUGGAACCAUCUGAUGAGGGAUCUGGAGAUGUAAAAUAUCACUUAGGCAUGUGCCAUGAGCGCCUGAAUAGAGUAACCAACAAGAACAUAAAAUUGUCUGUUGUUGCAAACCCCUCACAUUUGGAAGCAGUCAAUCCUGUUGUUCAGGGAAAAACAAAAGCUGAACAAUUUUACCAAGGAGAUAAGGAUGGCAAAAGAGUCAUGAGUGUACUACUUCAUGGAGAUGCUGCCUUUGCUGGUCAAGGGGUUGUCUAUGAAACGUUUCAUCUCAGUGAUCUGCCCUUGUAUACAACCCAUGGUACUAUUCACAUAGUUGUUAACAAUCAGAUUGGUUUUACAACUGAUCCUCGUGUAUCGCGGUCAUCACCUUACCCUACUGAUGUUGCUCGAGUAAUCAAUGCUCCAAUAUUUCAUGUGAAUGCUGACCAUCCCGAAGCUGUGAUAUAUGUUUGCAAAGUAGCCUCUGAAUGGCGACAUCGAUUCAACAAAGACGUUGUGAUUGAUCUGGUGUGCUACAGGCGAAGUGGACACAAUGAAAUUGAUGAACCCAUGUUCACUCAACCUCUUAUGUACAAAAAAAUUGCCAAACAGCCAACUGUAUUAGCCUCAUAUGCUGAGAAAUUAAUUCAUUCUGGCAUUGUGUCUCAACAGGAAUAUGAGGAUGAAGUAGCUAAAUAUGAUAAGAUCUGUGAAGAAGCCCACUUAGCCUCCAAGAAAGAAACAGCUGUACGCAACCGGGAUUGGUUGGAUUCUCCUUGGAGUGGAUUCUUUGAAGGUAAAGAUCCAAUGAAAUCACCUCUGACUGGCAUUGAUGAAGAGACAUUGCAACAUAUUGGAAUGAGUUUUAGCCUUCCACCUGAAGAUUUUGAGUUACAUAGAGGUGUGAAACGUAUUUUGAAGUCACAUGAAGAUAUGGUCAAAAGCCGUGUUGCAGAUUGGGCUCUCGGUGAGGCCUUGGCAUUUGGUUCACUUUUAAAAGAAGGGGUUCAUGUACGUUUAAGUGGACAAGAUGUAGAACGUGGAACUUUUAGUCAUCGCCACCAUGUUUUACAUCAUCAAAAUAUAGACAAGAAAACAUUCAUUAGUCUAAAUCACUUGUACCAUGACCAAGCCCAGUACACUGUGUGCAACAGUUCUCUCUCUGAAUUUGGAGUUCUUGGUUUUGAACUUGGAUACUCAAUGACAAACCCAAAUUCUUUGGUCAUAUGGGAAGCUCAAUUUGGAGACUUUCACAAUACUGCACAGUGUAUUAUUGAUCAGUUCAUUUCAAGUGGUCAAGCCAAAUGGGUACGACAAAGUGGUUUAGUAAUGCUUUUACCUCACGGUUAUGAAGGAAUGGGCCCUGAACAUUCAAGUGCUCGUUUAGAAAGAUUUCUCCAAAUGUCCAAUGAUGAUCCUGAAUUUUAUCCUCCUGAAAGUUCAAGUUUUGAAAUGCAACAGCUGCACGAGAUCAACUGGUUUGUUUGUUACUGCUCUACACCUGCCAACUUAUUCCAUGUGCUAAGGAGACAAGUUGCUCUUCCUUUUCGCAAACCUCUUAUCAUCAUGACUCCAAAGAGUUUAUUACGUCUGCCAGAAGCCCGAUCCAGCUUUGACUUGAUGACUGACAAUACAGCAUUCCAGCGUGUCAUUAAAGAAGCAGGUCCUGCCUUGGACAAUGCCUCUAAUGUAAAGAAAUUAAUUUUUUGUACUGGCAAAGUCUACUAUGAACUGGUAAAAGAGCGGGAGAAGUUGAAACUGGUGGAUAAGAUUGCUAUUGCUAGAGUUGAACAGAUUUCUCCUUUCCCAUUUGAUUUGGUAAAAGAAGAAAUAACACAGUAUCCUCGAGCUGAAGUUGCUUGGUGUCAAGAAGAACACAAGAACAUGGGAGCAUGGGGCUAUGCUGAACCUCGAUUCAGAACUGUUCUUAAAAAAAUGAGUAACAGGAAAGAAGUACAAUAUGUAGGACGCUAUCCUUCAGCAGCUGCUGCAACUGGCAAUAAACAUAUGCAUACAAUGGAACUGGGUCAGUUCUUAAAGGAAGCCAUGUCAAUAUAAUAAAUUCUCUUGCCAAAAUAGUUACCCUGUCUGCUGGUGUGUGUGUGUGUGUGUGUAUGCUGUGCAUUUGCGCAUGUGUGUGUGAGAAAGAGUGAGUGGAAGUGGAAUUGCACUCUUUACUAUUGUCAAAAGUAAUAUUAAAAUUUAAUAAUAUAAAAUGCCAGUUAGAUAGUAACAAUAACUAUAAUGGUACUCUUCUGACUCCCCACCUUAAUGAAAAACCUAACAUAUUGGCUCCUUUACAAAGAACUGAAAUAUUUCUUAUUAGUUUCAUUCAUACAAAAGAAAUAUUUAAAUAAAUCUUAUCUAUUACAAUCUGUACUUUAUUUAGUUUUGUCCCUAAUGUUUUAAUAAUACUUAUUUAGAGAUACCCAAAUAUUUAUAUUUUUAGUUCACAGAUAUCCAAAUCUAUAGAUAACUUUAUUUCUGGUAUCCUUAUAGUCAUUCUAUGAAUUGGCUUUACAAUGUUUUUCUCCUCUGUUAUUUAUUUAUUUCAUUCAGUUUGAAUUGUGCAAAAAAUAUGUAAAAGUAACUCCUUAGUUUCAAAUAGUUCUUAUAAACUUCAAGGAUAGAAACUGGGUUUUUUUAAUUGUUUUGUUAAAUUGUGUAUGUAGGAAUAAAAUAUAUAAACUCCUUUAUUGAAGUUUAACCAGAUAUUAAUUAGUAAAAAUAAAAAUUAAUUUUAUUAACUUAUAAAUUAUAAGUAAAUAAGUGAACAUUAGAAUAUUUCUUUUUCAAGAUUGAUUUCUGUAUCAUUACUGUUUAUGCAAAUUCCUCAUGUUAUGAUUACAGUUUUUGUUGAUUAUUCUUGUGUUCCUUCACUUAAACAUUGUAAUCUUUUAUCAGAAUUUUUGUUUCUUUGAAUUUGAUAGCUGUAUUUCUAUUAUAAUUUAUGAUUUAAUUUCCAAGAAUUGAUCUUGUAUUGACACGUUUCUAAUAGUUUGUGACUCUGUCGGAUUUAUUAGCAAAGAUCAUUCUUGUGCCUUACAGUUAAUUGCUGAUUUUAAUUCAUUAUGACGAUUAUGAAUAAACUCAGUUACAAAUCCAU